CUCCCUCGUAGUGAACAUCAAGCUCAAGGGCGUGGUGCAGACUGAGUGACUUCCAUCUCAAGUUGAAGAUGCCGCUUAAGUAGUGUGUUCCUCAUCUUCUAGCAACUAUGGAUCAUAGUGAUCGCCAAGAAGAACGAAUGCGGCUCAACUUCGCCGCCAAGACGCGGACUUUCUUACGUUCGUGUUUGAGACAGAUAACGCUAAAAAACAUACCACUGCCAAAGAAUGAUCCAAAAAAGUGUUCCGCUUCGGGUCGUCGCAGCAUCGCUACAAAUAUCGCCAAGAACUUCGGUCUACUUGAAUUUCGGUCUCAUAGUCGGCGGGGGUAGGGUCGUCGUUCCGGGUUACAACUGUGUUGUGUUGAUCAAUCGCGGCACACUAUAAAUAAUCCUGCACCUCCAAAAUAAGUACUCGCGCGACUCAUGUGGGAUAGUAGCUGGGGAUACAGUUACAACAGGGACCUACUCGUGAUGUUGAAGCAUCAUCCUCCUGUUUCAGAAGAACAUACAGCUGAGAAUUAUCUGGCUCUUGCUUUUAGUUCAUCUUGUUGUAUGUACGUUCGCAGAAGACCACUACAACCGCACUUGUUGCAAAACUACCUCUGCUACCAUCCUUAGGAUUUUUAGAUUGUUUGUCGGGAAGAUUCAGCAAUGUUUGGGUCAAUGACCAAAAAUGGUAAUCCAUCUUCAAAGCCAGACCCUUUGAUGUUCGCGUUUUUUUGAACUUGAGACUUGUACGAACAAGCAGUGGGGUAGUAGUAAAAACACCAUCCUGACAAGAAUGGCCGACGAAAAAAAGACGGACGAUCGUUUGAAGCCGCCGCGGCCGACGCUCAAGGUCUUCCGCGAAUCCGGGGGUGCGGUAGAGCGGGGGUUUCAGGUCCCCGGGGCAUUUAAUGUCACGGUGCUCGCGGAAAAGGAGAAACCAGACAGGUCGAAGCCGCACACAGUAUCCUAUUUGAACAAUAAACGUAAUAAAUCACCUCCGCAACUGGCUCCACCGCGACGUCCGCCAACGACCCAGAUUUGUUAAACUCUAAAAAUAUCGGUAUCGUGGUGCACCAGCAUGAUAGACAUGGUAUUCUGUCAAGACAAAAAUACUCAACGUCUUAAGUAUAACCUGCAACUCAUUAGCCUUCUCGUCUCCAAGAGUGCAAUAAGUUGUUAGGGGUGCCGCGCGCUCGCACACCGUCAAAAACACUAAGCAACAGCGCGCGAUCGAUAAACUUCUAAAGCGAAAGUGAAGCCUCGAUGGAGAUGUUGGAGUUGGUAAUCGUGGUGAUUUAGAAAAUUUGCAUAGGAUACACGGACCGGAUUUUCGAAAUGCUGAAGGACAUGAACGAGAGGGAUAAGUAUUUUUUCUCAUUUUUUGUCUACAUUAUUGCUCCUGCUAAGCUCGCAUGACAAAAGCCACACGUACUAUUCCAACGGGGUGCAUGACAAACCAAAUCCACAACGCAAACAGCUACUUCCUCGGCGAGCCCCGGUCCGCUUUUGUGAAAACGCGCACCAUAUGCAUCGCAAAUGAUGUGUCUGGAUUUAGAAGAACACUUCAUGAACUUGUCAUGCUAGGUCCGGAUCUACUUCGUCUCGUGCAAAAUCAAAAUCAAAAAUCUGUAUUGCGCGAUUGCCAAAAGGCUGAUGAUGAUGAUGAUGAUGAUGAUGGUCGUGGUUGCCAGAUAAAGUUGCGCACUUUUAUUGGCCAAGUUGUGAGGAAGAGGAAGUGGCUUCAUGCUAAAUUGGCAUGAGAGAUAGAAGAAGAGAUAUGGCAGUAGAAUCUGUCAUGCUAGGUCCUCCUGCAUGUUGCCAGAGGACCUCAUGAGCCGCGGUCAUGGAAAAUCAUCUGCAUGGUAACAAGUCUUACGAUCUUCCAGACCCAGACAUAUUUAAAGUGAAUACACCGACUACGACCCAGCAAGGACCCAUCUGACCGAGCAAAUGCCCGUCUUGGAAAAGCAUCGAGCAAUCGUUGCAGAGGAGGGGGAGGCGCAUAAGACGUGCCAAAAUCCGGUCCUGAAUACCAUGGACAAGGCAAGAGCGGAACAGAUGGUACUGUGUGUUUCUUGUUUUUGUGGUUCUCCUUCGUGAUGCUUACUGAUGUCCACCGCGCAUGACAAAUUGCAUUUCUCUUGUAUUUUCUGCAAUACAACAAUCAAAAGCAAAAGCCCGGCUGAUCAUGCUGAUGCAAAUUAUACAAUCAGACCCUGAACACGCUUUCCACCUUCGAGCUGUCUCCGACGAGUUAUGAAAGUGCACAACAAGUCCGCGUCCGCCCCCUCCCCCUCAUUGUCAUUGAUUUGUAUUGCAUGAACAGCAACACAAGCGUCAGGGUCGGCAAGAAUACAGGUUUUGCAUGA